AUGGUCCCAGCAGAUUAUACAUCUUGGUCCAAGGAGGAACUCAUAGCUCGCCUUACCGAGUUAGAGGCCAGGGAAAUGCCACCACCUGAUAUCAAAGACAGUCAGGUGAGACGUCCGCCACCUCCAGCCAAAGCUCAGAAGGUCUUUCGUUUCUCCAACCACCCUACACGUAAAAUCGCCCUCAAAUUCUGCUAUUCUGGCUGGGAAUACAACGGGUUGGAGUUCCAAAAGGAUGCAACACGCCUGCCAACUGUGGAGGACGUCUUGUUUAAAGCACUAGCGAAGACGAAGCUUAUAGAUGAAGACGGAGGGUUUGAAGCUUGUGGGUGGGAGAAGUGCGGUAGGACAGAUAUUGGUGUCAGCGCGGCUGGACAGGUUGUUUCGCUUUGGAUACGGAGUGCGUUCGAGGAGAACAGAGGCGCACGGAUACCGCAGUCCCCGCCCGAGGACAGCUCCGACAACCCAAACGAUAUUUCAGCCGUCUCUGCAGAAGAUGCUACUGAGGAUGUUCCCCCGGACUUUACUUCCCUUACCGUUCGACGACGACCUACAAACGAGCUUCGCGGACUACGCUAUGUCACUAUGCUGAACCGUGUUUUGCCCCCUACAGUUCGUGUUCUAGCAUGGUCUCCUGUCGAGCCAACCUUCUCAGCUCGAUUCAAUUGCCGUCAUCGACAUUACAAGUACUUUUUCCCCUCCCGAGAACUCGACAUCUCUUUGAUGCAACAAGCCGCUGACUAUCUCGUGGGCGAGCAUGACUUUCGCAACAUGUGUAAACUCGAUCCGUCCAAGCAAAUCACCAACUUCAAACGACGCAUCCUCAAAGCUCAAAUUGAAGCUGUAGGUCAGGAAAACAGUAAUAUGUACGUUUUCAAUCUGGUAGGGUCGGCUUUCCUGUACCAUCAAGUUCGACAUAUUAUGGCGAUUCUGUUUCUCGUCGGUACAGGCCUUGAGCCUCCGAGUGUGGUACUUUCGCUCAUAAACACGGACGCGGACGCAGCCCAGGAACUUGGUUUGAGCGCCGACAUGCUAGUCGAUUGCAAGCCCGUGUACCAGAUGGCUGAAGCGCUGCCUCUCAUGCUCUGGGACUGCGUGUAUUCGGAUACCGAUGUAGACUGGCACAUUGACUUCGAGGAUAAACCAGCAGGCGCAGGAGCUGAUCUGCACAGCCAGAUGCAGUCUGUAUAUGACCGCUCGCAGAUACAUGCUGCAUUAGAUGGUCAUUUCCUUGCGUCUGCUACCCGCUAUCAUCGCCCAGCUCCCAUCUGUUUCCCCUUCAGCCAAACUGGCCUUUCCCCUGCAUCUAUUCCUCGUGUCAAGGAAUCUACACCACCGGUACUUAGCAUCCCUUUGGGUGGCGGCACCUUCAAACGACAGGCUAGUUACGUGCCUCUCCUUCAGCGAAAGCGCAUGGUUCAUGUGGAUAUUGUUAACGCGAAGUGGCUAGAAGGGAAAGGCGGGAGAAGGGAAAGCAGGAAG